AAUGCACGAACGCUAUUGGUCGAGAUACAGAGGGCGCGUCGCUCGAUCAUUAAUCCCCCAUUUCACGUCCGACGCGCUAACAAAAAGCGGAAUUUCAAAAUUGCGCGUUACAUUUCCAGUUCGACUCUCGUACUGUAAACAUCUAACUUAAUCGCAAUGCCACCCAAGACUAGCGGUAAGGCCGCCAAGAAAUCUGGCAAGGCCCAGAAGAACAUCUCCAAGUCCGACUCGAAGAAAAAGAAGAAGCAUAAGCGCAAGGAGAGCUACGCCAUCUAUAUCUACAAGGUGCUGAAGCAGGUCCACCCCGACACCGGUAUCUCCAGCAAGGCCAUGUCGAUCAUGAACUCGUUCGUGAACGAUAUCUUCGAGCGCAUCGCCGCCGAGGCCUCACGCCUCGCCCACUACAACAAGAGGUCCACCAUCACCAGCAGGGAGGUGCAGACCUCCGUCAGGCUGCUCCUCCCCGGUGAGCUCGCCAAGCACGCCGUCAGUGAAGGCACCAAGGCCGUCACCAAGUACACCAGCUCCAAGUAAGCGUCGCUCGUUCGUAUUUCGACACGACACGACACGCUGCAAGAGUGUGGUUUGUACGACAACCAAAAAGGCCCUUUUCAGGGCCACAAA